AUCUUUGUUUAUUUCCAGGAUCAUGUUAAAUCGACUUCAUUUGUGAUUCAACACUGCAGAGUUCAGAUUCCACUCAACCCUGAGCACAUUCCCACUAGACACACAAAAGUAAUUUAAUUUAUUUUAACAGUGGUUAAAAAUUAAACCUCAGAUUGUAUCUAAAGCCUUUCAAAAGGAUGCUGUAGGUUGAAAUAAAGACACACUCACCAUGAAGACCCUGCUGCGGAUAUGUGCCUUGCUCUAUUUCAUCUGCACAGUAACGAGCUAUGAAGACACAAAAGCAUGUUUAACGAAAAAAUACACGGCUAACUCUUGUAGUAAGGUGUUCUGUGCUCCGUGGCAGAGGUGUGUGGAUGGACGAUGCAUUUGCAAACUUCCUUAUCAAUGUCCCAAAAACAUAACUUUCUCAGUGUGCACAGAAAAGAAAAAGGUCUUUGCAAAUUAUUGCCAGUUGAAGAGCGCUGAAUGCACAAAUUCAAUUUUUCGGUUUUCUUCAGAAGCUCCAUGUCCUGAAACAUUUAACCUAUCUUUUCUAAAAAAUGAACAAGGCAAGAAAAGUGGUAUUAUUAAGGUAAAAGUGCCCGCUCUUUCAAGUUCCUCACUCUUGUGCAGCAGUGGUUGGACCACAAAGGAAGCUAAUGUGGCCUGCAAACAGCUUGGAUAUAAUCAAGGUGCUGAUUCAUCGGCAGAGCAGACCUUCAUCCUUCCAGAAGCUGAGAAGAAAACAACUGAUUGCCUUUCUGUGAAAUGCAGAGGUUUGGAGACAUCUCUGGCUGAAUGUCUACUACAUAAAAAGACAGAGAUUGAAGAUAAGCGGGCUGGAGUGGUGUGUUAUCAAGAUACUCGAGAAUGUUUGGAUAAUGAGUUUAGCUGUGUGAACGGGAAAUGCAUCCCUUCCAAAAAAUCAUGCGAUGGUGAAAAUGACUGCGGUGAUCUCAGUGACGAACUGUGCUGCACACAUUGCAAUGGCAGCUUUCACUGCAAAUCCAAUACAUGCAUUCCAAACAGGUAUAGAUGCAAUAGUGAAACAGACUGUAUCGGUGGUGAAGAUGAAGCAUUCUGUGAAGAAAAAAAUGAAGAUAAAACAUCUAAACCAAUUGAUGGCAGGUCAGAAAAACCACAAGAAAAAGAGCUGGAAGAAGAACACAUUGCAGUAAACCGUGAUAUGGAUGAAGAGAGAAGGCUAGCACAGAGUUUCAUUCCAACACUGACCUGUGGUGUACGACCUCAACUGCAUACUCGACGCAAGAGAAUCAUUGGAGGAGAACUUGCAGUGAAGAACCAGUUUCCAUGGCAGGUGGCAAUCAAAGAUGGGAAUGCACUAAACUGUGGUGGAAUUUACAUUGGAGGCUGCUGGGUAUUGACAGCCGCUCACUGUGUCAGGGCAAACCAACCUCAGAAAUACCGUAUAAUGCUUGAGCUCCUAAAUUUGGUGCACCACGACCAAGACAUCGACUCCUAUCCAGUGAAAACUGUGAAGGUUCAUGAAUUUUAUAAUCCUGACACAUAUGAAAAUGACAUUGCUCUAUUGGAAGUGAUCAACAUACAUAAAAAACCAGAGUGCAUGCAAUAUGAUAAUAACCUUGUAGCUGCCUGCGUUCCAUGGUCACCUUACCAAUUUAUGCCUGGAGACCGCUGUGUAGUUUCUGGAUGGGGACGGCAAGAAGGACUAGCCAAAGUUUUUCACCUGAAGUAUGGUCAUGUGUUCUUAAUGGAAAAUUGCUCAUCAGUUUACAAGGAGCGUUUCCUUGACAAAAUGGAAUGUGCAGGCACAUAUGAUGGCUCCAUUGAUGCAUGCAAAGGUGACUCUGGAGGUCCCCUUGUUUGCUUUGAUAUUAACAAUGUUGCUUACGUUUGGGGCAUAGUGAGCUGGGGUGAGAACUGUGGAGUAGCCGGAUACCCUGGUGUAUACACAAAGGUUGCUAAAUACCAUGAGUGGAUAAGUAGGAUUGUUGGAAGGUCACUUAUUAGUAAAUACAACACAUGACAUUGCCUACAUGCCUAGAUACAGUGUAAAAAUAAAUCAAUUAAUAUCAGAAAUCUGUUCUAUAACAUUUAUCCAUAUAAACGUUCACAUGUGAUUGUCUUAUACUGUUUUGCAUUAAUUUGACUUUAAUAAACAUCCAAUAUACAACA